AUGGGGGGACCACGAGGAGUGUGGGGACAUGGAGACUGGGGGGCACCGAGAGAUGGAGGAAGGUCCGAGGGACAGGGAGGCACCAAGCAGCGGGGGAUAAGGAGACUCCAGGGAAAGCAAGAGGAGAGAGGUGGCUAUGGGUCGACCAGCAGAACAAGGUGGGCACCGAGGGCACUGGGAGGGCACUGGGGAACCAGAGCCACUGCCCAUCACUCCCAACUUCUCCGCAGGUUCUACCUCCACCCCGAGCUGUCCAAGGACCUGGUGGGCACACACCCGCCCGGGGCGCACAGCCUGGUCGCCGUGUCUGUAGGUUAUUUCCUUGAAGACUUUGUGGACAUGUUGUGCAAUCAGAAACUUCACCAAUCCUGGGAGCUGCUCUUCCAUCACUCUGUGGUGAUUGUUUGCUUUGGAAUUGCUGUGCUGCUCCAUCAGUACGUCGGCUUUGCCCUCGUGGCUCUGCUGGUGGAGAUCAACUCCAUCUUCCUCCACCUGCGGCAGAUCCUUCUCAUGGCCAACCUGGUGCACACCACCUGCUACCGCCUCAACAGCAUCGUCAACCUGGGCACCUACGUGGUGUUUCGCAUCGCCACGCUGGCCUGGAUGACCCGCUGGCUCUUCCUCAACCGACAGAACGUGCCCCCGGUGACGUACGCGGUGGGCAUGGUGGGCAUGGCAAUCAUGACACCCAUGAACAUCAUCCUCUUCUACCGCCUGCUGCGCAGUGACUUCCUCAGAUCCAGCCGGGACGUGCAGCGGGAGAAGGAACAAUAGCCCCCCCCUUCCCUGCGGGGUCAGGGGGAUGAGCUGCUCUGAACCCACAGCAAAGCACGGUGGAGGGUGAAUGUGGCUGUUUCAAUACCUUGUGUGGAGGGCCUGCACUAACAGAGCAUCCAGGCUUUUCUUGUGGCUGAAGGUUCUGGGCCCUGCACGACAGAGAAGGUGCUCAUGGAACAGGCACUGUGGCUCUGCUCCCCAAAGACCUUUGGAUGACGUGGUUGAACAAGUGGGAGCUGCUCAGAGAAGCCUCGACAGCUCUCACAGCUCCCCGGGGCACCACCGAGAUGAGAAGGGAGCAGUGGAGCACUGUUUCCCCACUGCUCCUCUGGACAUCCAGACACCACAGUGUGUUUCUAACCCCGUCAGUGCUGCAGCCCCCAGCGUCCCAUCAGUCACAGGACACUGCAUCCUUUGUGGCACUUCCCAUGGGAGCACCACCAGGAAAGAAGGCCUUCGAGGCCAGUAAAAGCCAAAUCCUGCACUGAUGGACCCUCCCCGAGGAGAUUGUCCCAGGUGGGUGAUGGAGGGAGAGGCUGAGACCUGGCUGGGUGGGCUGCUGCCCACGGUGGUGUCCAGGUCAGGGGGAAAACACUGGGCAGUGGGUGCUACAGCACCACCCUCUUGUGAAAACUGGAACAUUUUUCAUGUUGUUUUGUCUCACAUAGUUGAAGUGCCCUUAAACAAGCUUGGGAGAGUGCAAGUUGCUGGAAGGAUGAUGUUAUGUGAUGGCCACUUCCCACAGAUGUGGAGUUUUCAGGCAUAGGCACCUUUAGGAUUUAGACAUCUGUUAGGAAUGACAAGUUGUGCUGCAGAGCCCGACACUUACCCACCAGCAAAGGCUCUUACUAACACCAGCUUUUAAUAAAUGGCUGUAAAUGAAAUGGCUUGAGGGGAAGGGACUUAGAGGAAAAAAGGACUCAGCAUCACAGCCCACUCCAGGGGUGUCACUGCUCAGCACAGUCCUUAUCCCAUGUCUCCUUGCCAUGGAGGGAAAAUA